GCUUAUCAACACAACACACAUUGUUUAUAACAUCACCUGAAUAUGGCCGACCACUACCCAAAGCAUGUUGCGCUUGUCGCAACCAACCCGAAAAAAGCCCAAGGAAGCGAUCUAAUAUGCUUCUACGUUGAUGGGGGGAACAAAGUGUUGCAAAGUGGCUUUUCCAAAGCAACUUCAGAAUGGAGCAAGCCCAUAGAAGUUGUUCAGUCAGAGCACCCGAUCGAGCGAGUGGAAGCAAGUGUUCUGCACAAUGAGCAUGAGCCAAGUGUUCAUGACUAUCAGGCAGCGAGGCGUUUCGCUACAAGAGGAGAACAGUGGUUUGAUCCUGAGAGAGAUGGACAGAUUGGUCUGAUUUACAUAUCCGACGGCAUUGCAAAGCAAAUGGGAAGAUCUCUGGCAGAAACUGAAUGGAUGGAGCGUGACAUGCCGGUUAUCGCCAACGUCAUUCUGGCUUCGUCAACCAACACAUCGUCCGAAGUCUCUUUUUGCACUAGACAAAACGUUCGAGAUAGUGAAAUGUGCUGGCGAUCUGAUGUAACUGAAGAUCUUGAUUGGAGGACGGAUUUCCGAGUGGACUGGGAGGGGCUCAGCUUCUCGACAUGCAUGAACAGAACAUCUGUCAACUUUGUCACGAAGAAGCUCAACGAUGCCAAAAUUACAAGGUAUAACAUGGCAAUUGGCGAGAUGAGACGAUCUGUGUGGGGCGUAGCCGAGUCUUUCCCCGAUUCCAGGCUCGAGAUUGCAGCGAGAGACCCUCACAAACCACGUGUUUUUCUCUUCAAUGAGGACAGGAUUGUGGAAUGCCAGCAGGGUAACAACGUCAUCGACACUAUUGUUGAGUUUGAAGAGAAGAUACCGGAUGUAAGCGUUGCUGCUGUUGCCCUGGAAGAGAACGAGUCUGCGCCAUUCCCAAUCAUGCUUGUUUAUGGGAACAGCGGACUCACCAAGAGUAUUCUGUGGACCCAAAAGGGAAGAUGGAAGGAGACGCAUGAUGUCAGAUCAUGAUGCAACUCGAAAAUGCUAGCAUGAGGUGGCCUAUUGUUCAUAAUGAACGCCAAGGUGUUUUUGUAUGAGAUAUGAAUAUGAUUUGAUUUACAACUCCUCGAAAAAAUGACAGCAUUACUAUAUAGUAACUAUUGUAGGCUCCAG